AUGGCGGCGGCGGCGCCGUGCGGCGCGGUGGGGCGAUGCCGCCUGCAGCUGUUGGUGCUGGUGGCGGCGGCCGCGGCCGGCCGGGUGGCGGCCGUGAGGGGCGGCAUGCUGUACCCCCGCGAGAGCCCCUCCCGAGAGCUGAAGGAGCUCGGAGGAAUCUGGAGCUUCCGCGCCGACUUCUCGCCGGGCCGGGACGCCGGCUUCGAGCAGCGCUGGUACCGGCAGCCGCUCCGGCAGACUGGUCCUGUUAUUGACAUGCCAGUGCCUGCCAGCUUCAAUGACAUCACUCAGGACCCCCACUUGGAGAACUACAUUGGCUGGGUGUGGUAUGAGAAGGAGGUGCUGCUUCCUCAACGUUGGCUGCAGGAUGACCUCAGCACCAGGGUGGUGCUCCGGUUUGGCAGUGCCCACUACUACUCCAUCGUGUGGGUGAAUGGAGUGCAGGUUGUGGAGCACGAAGGCGGCCACCUCCCUUUUGAAGCAGAUAUAAGCAGGAUUGUCCAGCGCAGCCCCGGGGUUCCCUGCCGUAUCACUGUUGCAUUGAACAACACUCUGACGCUGCACACUCUGCCUCCGGGGACAAUUCAGUACAUGAAUGACAAAACAAGGUAUCCCAAGAACUAUUUUGUACAGAACAUCAGGUUUGAUUUCUUUAAUUAUGCUGGAAUCCAUCGCCCAGUUGUGCUUUACACCACACCUUCUGUCUACAUAGAUGAUAUUACUGUGACAACUACUUCAUCAGAGAGUGUUGCAAUGGUGCAAUAUCAGAUAUCGGUAGUUGGCAGCGAACUCUAUUCCUUGUCUCUGAGUUUACGUGAUCAAGAGGGGAAAGUGGUUGCUACAGGCAGCGGGCCAGCUGGAGAGUUAAAAGUGCCAAAUCCAAACCUGUGGUGGCCUUAUCUGAUGCAUGAGAGCCCUGGAUACCGCUACUUCUUAGAGGUGAAGAUGGAGGCUGAGGCCAGCGGCGUGCCGCAGGAGGACAUCUACACCCUGCCGGUUGGCAUCCGCACCGUUCACGUCACCAGCACGCAGUUCCUCAUCAACGGAAAGCCCUUCUACUUCCACGGGGUCAACAAGCACGAGGACGCGGAUAUUCGUGGCAAAGGCCUGGACUGGGCGCUGAUUGUGAAGGACUUCAACCUGCUGCGCUGGCUGGGGGCAAACUCCUUCCGCACCAGCCACUACCCCUAUGCUGAGGAGAUCAUGGACCUGUGUGACACCUACGGCAUCGUGGUGAUCGAUGAGUGCCCGGGAGUGGGGAUUAAGUUGCUUGAGAGCUUUGGGAACAAAUCACUACAGCAUCAUCUCGUUGUGAUGGAGGAGCUGAUCCGCAGGGAUAAGAACAGGCCCUCAGUUGUGAUGUGGUCAGUAGCCAACGAGCCAGCAUCAGAUCUGCCCCCAGCUGCUUACUACUUCAAGACACUGAUAGCUCACACUAAAGCUCUGGAUCCCUCUAGACCUGUAACAUUUGUGUCUGCUACUAAUUACGCUUUUGAUCAUGGUGCUCCUUAUGUGGAUGUAAUCUGUGUGAACAGCUACCUCUCCUGGUACCAUGACUCAGGCCAUCUGGAAGUUAUUCCACUGCAACUUACAGCACAGUUUGAGAACUGGUAUAAAACCUACCAGAAGCCCAUCAUCCAGAGUGAAUAUGGAGCUGACUCUAUUCCCGGACUUCACAGUGAUCCACCUGCUAUGUUCAGUGAGGAGUAUCAGAAAGCUUUGCUGAAAGAGUACCAUUCUGUUUUUGACAAAAAGAGGAAAGAGUAUGUGAUUGGGGAACUCAUCUGGAAUUUUGCUGAUUUUAUGACUAAUCAAGGGGUCACACGUGUUUUGGGGAACAAGAAAGGAAUAUUUACCCGCCAACGACAGCCCAAGUCAGCUGCAUUUGUUCUGAGAGAAAGAUACUGGAAGAUUGCAAAUGAAUCAAGCUGUCUUCCUCCUAUAAUAAAAUCACUCAGCUCGCAGCACGUCGUCCACGGGAUCACUGACUACCUAACUUCUCUUGUCUAAAACUGGACAGAACACAUGCAGCUGGCUGAGGAAUUCUGAGUUAACAGCAACUCAGGAAGCGUGUGAACUGAUAGUUCUAUGAGGAUACCCAACAUACUCCAAUACAGUAUGGAAUUCAUACCACAGCAGCAAGGUGGAAUAUGUUGGAUAGGUAGGUACUACAUCAACUGAACUUUGUUUAGAACUAUUUAAUCACAGUACCAGAACUGCCACAAUUAUAUGCAGCUUUACCUUGCAGCAUGAAGAGCUUCCUUCACGUUAAGUUUUCAUUCUGCUCUACAGGAAUAGAGUUCUAGAGGGCAAAUUCAAUCUAAGCCUUUUUGAUAAGGGCCUGAAGCACUCUGGAGUAGGAUUAUAUGUAAGUUAAUGUGUACGUAGGGAGUAAUGUAGUAUAAUAACUUCCCUUUUAGGCUGCACACCAGUCUUAGAGGACUCUAAAGGCCAGACUUCAGGUUAUAGUAAGUAGUGCCAGUACUCACAGAAGAGCCCAGAAUCUGCCAGCUUCUUACUGCAAGCUCGCAGGGUUGUCCCAGCAGCAGCAUCACCCACAGCAGAACCACAGAAAUAGGAGCUGCCCACUGAAUUCUGGGACAACAGUUUCAUUAUCCCAGUUCACUGAUGCUGUGUGAACUUGUUGCUACGCCAACUUUUUCUGCACCUGCUCUUCUGCUCGUACCUCAAGAAAGAAUGCGCUCGUGUUAUGUGGUGGCCAAAUUCUCAUUCCUUUAGAUGUGGCACAUUAGAGCCCAACAACACUUUCCAUUGCCACGUGCAGAAUAAGCACAUACAUGUUUACUGCAGACUUCAAACCAUUUUUACUUGAACCUCUAGGGGGAAAAGAAACAACAUACUACCAGCGUUCAUUGUGGUUACACUUGUGUUAGGUUUACAGACCUUGUCAUUAACUAAAAACCCAGAAUAUAAAGGUCUAUCAAUAUUAGAAAGACACUUGUUCAGAUGUAGCCUGACACAAGUGUGAAUAGUGUACUCAAGGCCACUGCCACUGUUUGAAAUCAGUGUCAACUUCUUACCCUCUAGAUAGUUUUUAAAAACCAUUCUCCUCCCCAUUUCAAGACAGUCUGACAUACCAACAGCUGCCACAUCGAAAUACAGAUCAAGAUUUGACAUUGUUAGUGCAUUAGAAACCAGGGCUGAGACAGCUACAAUAAAGCUCAGGACUUGUGGUUUCAGAAGAGAAUGCUAUCCUUUCAUUCAGUCCAACAAAACAUACGCCAAAUUUAAUAUCCACAUGUAUGGAAAGCACACACUUCAGUUUCAGUUCCUGCUUGUUCUCAACAGCUCAGUACAACUGUAACCUCAAAACCCACCUAUCCAAGCCUUCCUCCCAAAGCUCCCAUCCUCCCUGCUCCCCGCCAUCCCUGUCCCCCCAAAUCCACAAAAAUAAACAGCAGUUUCCAGACACUCCGUCAUUUUGUCAGAGUGGAGUUAAAACACCUGAAGAACCAGGGAAAGAAGGAACUGAUUAACACACUUAACGUUUUUUUUGCUUGUUACUGAAAGAACUGUAAACAGUAAAGCCUCAAUGCUGCUCAACCAUUAUACACUCAUGUGCACACAACAUUCAGCAAGACGCAACGAAGCCGCAGUUCUAUACGAGGGUAUUCUCUGAGGACCCAAGUGCUUUAACCCUUCUACUGCUAGCAUACAAUUGCUUUGAAAGAGAUCACAACUUGGUACAUUUGGAGAAAGAAAAUUACAGUAC